AGUUGCGCCGCGGCUAGUUUAGCCUUUAGCUCCGAGCCUGUGAUUCCCGUGUUUAUUGUUUACUUUUCACUCAGGAUGGUUUUAUUUUCAUAACCUCAGAGUCUGGACAUAUCACUCCUCUGCAGCCUCACGCACUGUUAAACAUGUAGUGCGCAUAAGUGGCGGAGUGGUCUGAAAACCUCAUUUUAUUUCCGGAGCUGAAGCAGGACGUGAGCUACAGUUAGCAGCUCGGCUAAAGCUAACGACAACAACAUCUUACAACAUCCCACAUAACCCGACAGAAAGAAGCCAGAGCCAGGAUGGGUAACCAGCUGGCAGGCAUCGCUCCUUCUCAGAUCCUCUCCGUGGACAGUUACUUCUCAGAUAUCCAUGAUUACGAGUACGACAAGAGCCUGGGGAGUACACGCUUCUUCAAAGUGGCCCGAGCCAAACAUAGAGAGGGCCUGGUCGUGGUCAAAGUGUUCGCCAUACAGGACCCAUCACUGCCCUUGACCAGUCACCGUCAGGAGUUGGAGGAGUUGAAGAUUCGUCUCCAUUCAUGUCAUAACUGUCUGCCCUUCCACAAAGCCUCGCUCACAGAGAAGGCUGGGAUUCUGUUCAGACAGUAUGUGCGGGACAACCUGUAUGACCGCAUCAGCACAAGGCCGUUCCUGAACAACAUCGAGAAGCGGUGGCUGGCAUUCCAGAUCCUGAGUGCAGUGGAGCAGUCACACAGGUCGGGCGUGCGUCACGGGGACAUAAAGUCCGAGAACAUCAUGGUGACCAGUUGGAAUUGGGUUCUACUCACGGACUUUGCAAGCUUCAAACCCACAUUCCUCCCUGAAGAUAACCCGGCUGACUUCAACUACUUCUUUGAUACCUCACGCAGACGCACAUGCUACAUUGCCCCCGAGAGGUUUGUGGACGGAAGUAUGUUUGCCACAGAGAGCGACCAAACCACGCCCCUCGUCGAUCUGACUAAUAACAACCAAAGGAGCAGAGGCGAGCUCAAGGCCGCCAUGGACAUCUUCUCUGCAGGUUGUGUGAUCGCUGAGCUCUUCACUGAAGGCGUGCCCCUGUUCGACCUGUCUCAGCUUUUGGCCUAUCGUAAAGGACUGUACCACACCGAACCUGUGCUGAUGAAGAUUGAAGACCGCUGUGUGCGACAGCUGGUGUCUCACAUGGUGCAGUUGGACCCAGAUAAGCGUCUGUCUGCAGAGGAGUAUCUGAAACAGCAGAGGGGCAGAGCGUUCCCUGAUGUCUUCUACUCUUUCCUCCAAAACUACAUGGUCCAGUUCACUACAGAGUCUCUGCAGCCCACCGAUGACCGAGUCCUUCUGGUGCAUCGGGACCUGGACCAUAUACUGGACCGACUUAGCACCGGCCCCCCCUCCUCCACCCUGGUUGUGGAGCCCUCCGUCUCUUCAGAGGCCUCCCUCAGCUCUCGGGAGGAGCAGGGCCUCACGGUGCUGGUGUCUCUGCUCACGUCGUGUCUUCAGACCCUUCACUCCUGCGACAGUAAAUUGGCAGCUCUGGACUUGGUUCUGAGACUGUCCCCUCGUUUGAGUGUGGAUGUGCUGUUGGACCGCAUCACACCGUACCUGCUCCACCUGUGCGCCGAUGCUAUGCCACGUGUACGUGCCCAGGCUCUGCACACGCUCACCCGAGUCCUGGGCAUGGUCAAGGAGGCGCCAAGGAACGAUACCAACAUCUACCCUGAAUAUAUACUACCGGGAAUCGCUCAGCUGGCACAAGAUGAAGCCACCAUCGUACGGCUCGCAUAUGCAGAAAACAUAGCUCACCUGGCGGAGAGUGCUCUGAGGUUCUUGGAGUUGGUGCAGGAGAACCAUGUGAGUAACUGUGAGCAGGACCUGAACGAGGAGUCAGAGGAGGCUCUGCAGCACAGUGACAACUAUGACUCUGAGCUCCAGGCCCUCCAUGAGAUGGUUCAGCAGAAAGUGGUGACGCUCCUCUCAGACCCAGAGAACAUGGUGAAGCACAGUCUGAUGGACACGGGCAUCACCAGACUCUGCGUGUUCUUCGGACGUCAAAAAGCCAACGACGUUCUCCUCAGUCACAUGAUCACCUUCCUCAAUGACAAGACCGACUGGCACCUGCGAGGCGCCUUCUUCGACUCCAUAGUGGGCGUGGCAGCGUACGUGGGCUGGCAGAGCUCGUCCAUCCUGAAACCCCUUCUCCAGCAGGGCCUCAGUGACACAGAGGAGUUUGUGAUUUACAAAGCUCUGAAUGCUCUGACCUGUAUGUGCGACUUGGGACUACUCCAAAAACCUCACAUCAACGAGUUUGUGUCUGACAUUGCUCCAUUCCUGUGCCAUCCAAACCUGUGGAUCCGAUACGGUGCUGUGGGAUUCAUUACCGUUGUGGCCAAACACCUGAAUGUAGCCGAUGUAUACUGCAAACUUAUGCCCCACCUGAGCCCUUUCCUCACGCAGCCAAUUAUACAGAUUGAUAAUGAGUUGGUUCUACUGAGCGUGCUCAAAGCCCCUGUGAGUCGCUCCAUCUUUGACUACACUCUGCGAUCCAAAGACAUCUCUAGCCUCUUCCGCCACCUCCUGCUCAGACAAAAGCAACGCAACGGCUCUUUGCCCGAGUGCCCGGCCCCUGAAGACCCCAACAUCGCCCAACUUUUAAAAAAACUACUGUCACAGGGCAUGACAGAGGAGGAGGAGGACAAACUCCUGGCUCUCAAAGACUUCAUGCUGAAGUCAAACAAAGCGAAGGCGUCGAUGGUGGAGCAGAGCCAGACUGAGCAUGCUCAGAGUGGCGUCAUCGACCUGGGCACACUUGGCAUCAUGGGACGCCAGGUGGACCUGGUGAAGCCGCGCAGCGACACCGAUGAUAAGAGAGCUCGUAAACACACCAAACAGGACUCCACGAUGAAUGAGGAGUGGAAGAGCAUGUUUGGGUCCCAGGAGCCGACUGCUGCCUCUGUUACACCCUCAGAGUCCUCGCAGAAGCGGUCCUCAGCCCCCCCUUCGGUUCCAGUGGUCCAGUCCUGGUCCAGUCCUGGUUUUCAGCGUCGGUUCCACAGCUGUAGGUCAGAUCUUCAGACUCUGGUGCAACUGAAGAGAGAACAGAGCAGUGCUGAGAGGAUGGCCAAACAUCUACUGGAGAGUGCCGAAUGGGAGAGUCGCCCUCCACCUCCAGGUUGGCACCCCAAAGGUCUCCUAGUGGCACACCUUCACGAGCAUAAAGCUGCAGUGAACAGGAUCCGAGUCUCAGACGAACACUCGAUCUUCGCCACAGCUUCAAACGAUGGAACAGUGAAGGUGUGGGACAGCCAGAAGAUGGAGGGCAAGACCACCACCACCAGGUCUGUUCUCACAUACACACGCCUUGGGGGUCACAUAAAGACGCUGUCCUUCUGUCAGGGCUCUCAUUAUCUCGCUGUUGCUUCAGACAACGGCUCCAUCCAACUGCUUGCCAUCGAAGCCAACAAGCCCCCCAAGUCCCCCAAGGUCCAGCCCUUCCAGACCAGGACGUUGGACCUAGCAGAGGAGGGCUGCGUGGUAGAUCUGCACCACUUUAACUCUGGGGCACAGUCGGUUCUGGCCUAUGCCACGGUCAACGGGUCGCUGGUAGGAUGGGACCUCCGCCAAGGCAACAACGCUUGGACCCUCAAACACGACCUACGGCUCGGGCUUAUCACCUCCUUCUGUGUGGACAUGCACCAGUGUUGGCUCUGCCUCGGCACGAGCAGUGGCACCAUGGCAUGCUGGGAUAUGCGGUUCCAGCUGCCCAUCUCAAACCACUCCCACCCUGCACGUGCCCGAGUGAGGAGGCUGCUCAUGCACCCGCUGUACCAGUCCUCUGUCAUCGCAGCCGUGCAGGGGAACAACGAGGUGUCGAUGUGGGACAUGGAGACCGGAGACAGGAAGUUCACUCUGUGGGCCAGCUCUGCCCCCCCUCUGUCUGAGAUGCAGCCUUCUCCUCACAGUGUUCAUGGGAUCUAUUGUAGUCCAGCUGAUGGGAACCCUCUGCUACUGACCGCCGGCUCAGACAUGAGGAUCAGGUUCUGGGACCUGGCAUACCCGGAGCGUUCAUACAUUGUUGCUGGAGGAGCUCACGACUCUCUGCACUGUCCCUCUGUGCUCUACAGCCGCAAGAUCAUCGAGGGAACGGAGGUGGUCCAGGAGAUCCACAGUAAACAGAAGUCUGGUUCUUCGGAGGAUGGUCCGCGCAGAGGACCAGAUGCCCUCCCAGUGGGACACCAUGACAUCAUCACUGACAUCGCCACGUUCCAGACCACGCAAGGCUUCAUUGUUACCGCUUCCCGGGACGGCAUCGUCAAGGUGUGGAAGUGAACAACCUCCUCAUGAGAGGGUGCGACUGCCAACCGCACAUCAACAGGAUAUCAAACCGGCAACCUCAGCAUAAGAGGGCAUCGGAACUACAACCUCAUCACAACAUCACCACAACAAGGGAUCAGACUCAUAACCUCACCGUAAGAGGACUUGAUUGGCCACCGCACAUCAACAGGACAUUAAAGGGCCCAUAUUACACUCUUUCCCUAUCUGAUAUGUUGUUUCCUAAUAACAAACAGAACUGGAAUUGUGUUGUUGUUUCAUUCACAUGUUAACACAUAAACUCUGCAUAUUUAGAGAGUUCUUCUCUCAAACAGAAAACACUGUUCCACCUUGUGAUGUCAUGUGGGGAAUACAGGAAGUGCUCCACUUUGUUUUUAAACUCCAUACACCUUCAUUAGAAUCAUUUGGAUAAUUUCAGCCUCUAAUAAUAAUAAUAAUCAAUCUCUACUGAGCUAAAGGUAAAAUGAGCUUCUAACAUGAAAACUAUUGCUCCAUGACAUGACAAGAAGCCUUUAAACCGGCAACGUCAUCGUAAUAGGUGUCAGAACUACCACAUCACACAACCUCACCGGGGAUAAGACUAGCAGCCUCACUGUGACAGAGCAUGCCACAUUCUUUGACCAGUCACAGCUGUGCGUGUAUCUUUGCUCGUCUCUGAUUGGUUUGUUUUGAAGAUGUGUGCUGGUCGUGCGUUGUGUUUGGACAGAUCCUGAUUAAAUGGGUUUGUGUCACGUCCUCAGUGCUCUUCCGAGAAAUGACACACUGAACUUUGGUCCCGUUUGUCUGGUUUAUUUUCUCCUGUAAAAGUGUAUUAAAAUGUCAUAAAUCAUGUUUGAACAC